AUGAAAGGACUCGCAAUCAUUCUGGUUCUGGCCGUGUACUCUUCGAAGGCACUAGCGGAUCUUCCCCAUUACACCACCUACAAGAGCUUCCAAACUGCAUUCUACGAAUGUGCUGAAUACUAUCGAGUGCCCAACUGCACCGUUCGACGAUAUAUCGAACAAUCCUAUCCACCAGAGGAGGAAGUGAAGAAAUUGAUUCGUUGUACGUUGAUCAAUUUGGGCAGCUGGGAUGAUGAAACCGGUGUACACGAACAGGUACUUAAAAACUACUUUGUCCCAAGACCGGAUGACACCUGUUACGAAAAACGAACUCGUGAAUGUCUCGCCAGCAUCGUCUACGAUAAUGACUAUACUCGCGCCUACGAAUCUUUCAAGUGUUAUCUACGUUAUUAUGGAGAACUCAUCUCGGAUGAUGAAUUCGUACCCUACGAACAGUUGGAACUGCAACAGCUAGCUCUUACCAGCCUAACGAUCGCCCAUCUUCCGCUCGAAGUUCUGAUUCAAUAUUGCAAAGGUGAAUUUGAAGGUGAAAAGAAUUUCCCGGAUUUGCUGUAUAUCUUCCUGGUACGCGGUGGAUUUUACAGCUCACAAAGCGGUUGGAAUUUGGCAAAUCUGUACACUCAGCUGGGCUAUGACAUUCUGUUGGAUCCGGCCACGCAACAGUGCCUGGAUGAUGUGGCGAAGGAGAAAUGCAACGCCGAUGAGCUGACACGAUUGUUCGAACAAUGGCAACGAUGCAUUGGCCCUUACGUUCCGCUGCAACAGUACAUCCAGAUUGCAGCCAAGCAGUUGCUCGGCGACCAAGCCAAUUGUCUAUGUAACACGAACUUGUAUAAUGGAAACUAA